AUGGCGAGCUCCGUCCCCGUGGACGACGCGGCCAGCGCGACCGUGGACGCGAUGGCGGGCGCGACCGGCGCGCUGCUCGCGCUCCUGACGACGUACCCGCUCAUGACGCUCAACGCGCGCCAGCACACGGAUCGGCGCUACGUGAACGACAACCCGGUGACGCGCUCGAACGCGGUGACGGAGAUGCGCGCGCUCGUCAGAGAAGAAGGCGGCGUCGGCGCGCUGUACCGAGGCAUCAAGCCCGCGAUCGUCGGCACGGUGGCGUCGCAGAGCGUCUACAAUUUCUUCUACAGCGCGCUUCGGACGUUUUACAUCAAGAAGAAGCGACAGAACCCGGGGGCGCUGUCCUCGCUCGCGAUCGCGUCGUGCGCGGGAAGCAUCAACGUCGUGAUGACGAUCCCGAUAUGGACGAUCGUGACGAAGAUGCAGACGACGCGGACGGCGAAAGAGCUCGAAGAGCGGCAAAAAGAGCGCUCGAGCGGGGAGCGCGCGUGGGCGCUGUUACGGAGCGCCGAAAUCGGGUUCCGCGCGACCGCACGGGGAAUCUACGCCGACGCCGGGGUGAGAGGCUUCUGGCAGGGCGUCGUCCCGGCGCUCGUGAUGGUAUCCAACCCCGCGCUGCAAUACGCGUUUUACGAGUCGGCGGCGGAUCGAUUCAAAGCGAUCAGAGCGCGGGCGCGGCGGCGACGCGGCGCGUCGAACGCGAACGCCUCGCGGCCGAUCGCGCUGACCGCCGCGGAGGUGUUCGUCGCCGGCGCGCUCGCGAAGAUUGCCGCGACGUUGUUGACCUACCCGGUGUUGCUCGUGAAGUCGCGGCUUCAAGCGAGCUCGAAGAGCGACGACUCGGCGAUGCGAUACGACGGAACGAUCGACGCGCUGAGGAGGAUCGUGAGGGAGGAAGGGUACGGCGCGUUUUAUCGCGGGAUGGGGACGAAGAUGACGCAGACGGUGUUCGCGUCGGCGCUGAUGUUCGCCGCGAAGGAGGAGAUCGUCAAGGCGACGCGCAUAGCGCACGCGAAGAUGCUCCGAGCGAAGCUCCGGUGA